AUUUCCAUAAACAGGACCUCCAUAUCCAUAACCAAGCCCUCGUAUAUAUAAACACCCCGGGGAUGAUUUCCUCCCACUGCUGCCUUCUUCCUCCUCCACUCUCUGUCUCGUCGUCGUAGGUCGUGAAGAAGAAAAAACGCCAACAUGUCUGACAAGAAGAUGAACUCGAGCCGCCGGCAUCAUCUGAAGAGUUUGAUGCUGCAGAUCGCGGCCAACUGGAUGAUACAGGAGAAAAAGGACCUCGUAGUCGCCAAGGCGGCCUACAUGGCUGAAAACUGUACUAAACCCAGUACGAGCGGAGACCAUGCCACCCUCAUGGAUACCUGCAAAAAGUUUCACGCCCUCAUCGACAAAGUGGAUGAAGACAGGUACGACCUGGAGUCCAAAGUGGGCAAAGCUGAUAAAGAGAUUGCAGACCUGAGGAUCAAAGUGGUCGACCUGGCCGGCGUGAAGAAACCCGCUCUGAAGAGGGUACGCAUGUCAGCCGACGCCAUGCUGAAAGCUCUGCUGGGCUCCAAACACACAGUCAACAUGGACCUGAGGGCCAACCUGAAGCAGGUCAAGAAGGAGGUCAAAGAGGAGCCCGCAGAGGCGGUUGGCGACUGGCGUAAGAACAUAGAGGACAAAGCCGACAGGAAGAAGAUGUUCGAGACCUCCUAAAGCAUUCACCUCCUCCUGUAGUUGGCUGUUAGCACUUUUUAUGGAAUUGAUGGGAUUUUAAAUUGACUUUUUGUUUCAUUAAAUCUGUAAGUUUCAUCUCGGUCUGUUAUUGUACAUUUGUACAGCGAGUGGUUCAGGUGAGAAAUUACCUCUUAAUUUGGUUGAAAGGCUAGAAAGGAGCCGUCUUGUGUUCAUGUAUUUACGUUCUGCAGGUAUCCUGUAUCCUGUAAGUCCGCUUAUCAUACGCAACUUUGGGUUUGUUUUCCUGAGGAGUCGCUUACAAAUAUUGGUAGUCGCAGGUUGUGUUUAUUUGGGCUUGUUUCUAAAGUGUAGUUGCUUAUUUGGGCUCCUGUCUCUCUCCUCUAUACCGGUCUAGUUUGUCCUGUUGCAGGAUCCGUACACAACCCCGAUCUCUCGGAUGUGUGAUGAACGUUACAGAUGAGGUAUUGCACAGAUUAAUCAUAACAAAACAAAACAAAAAGGCAAAAAUAUACAGCCAAUUCAAACAACAUUUACUUUACAAUUUUAGUCAGAUUUUUAGAGGAUAUUGUAGUGUCAGCUGUAGGUGCAGGGAUGGGGGACAUCUUCACCAGUCCUCCCACUCAUCGUCGUCUUCUUCGUCUUCAUCUGGAAAAAGAAAACAUAAAACAUUCAAAUAGCAUCCAGAGAAUAAAAACGUUUUCACAUUAAAGCCACCACGGGUAACUUUCAUUUAGUGUUGAUUUUGGCGGUCCCUUUAGACAAAAGCGGUGGUGUUUCUGAGCACCAGAGUCCCUUUAGAAAACCUCUAAUUUUACUGCAGCAGGGUCUGACAGUCUGCCCCGCUCAGUCCUGCUUCUGGUUCUCUCCGAUUAAAACGUGACGUCAUAUUUACACGAGACGGAUCCUUUCUAGCCAUUCAGACUUUUAUUCUAUAGUAUGACUUCCUGUUUCCUUCUGUGCUGCUGAUGUUCACUUUUGACAGAUUCCUGCUUCGUAGUGUUUUUUGUAAUAAAUGUGUUUUGUUUCCUA